GCCUCGGUCUCGAAUUUUGCGGGCAGCGGGGCGGCGGCGGCGGCGGCGCGGGAGCGGCAGGAUCUUGCGUAUCGUCAAAUGGACCGGGUCUCGAAAACAGAGGCGCGGGAGCGGCGCGGGGGCGGGCAACGAGCGGUGCACUCCAGUCGAGCGGUGACCGUCCCGUGUUGCGCGUCUGCAUUGUAGUAUAGUGUUGUACUUUUUUUUGUGACGUUUCAAAAUGUCCUCGGACGUGCAAGAGCAAAUUAUUUCGGCAAUCUUUGAGAGGAGACCCAUAUGGAACAGCAAAGAUGUGAACCAUAAAAAUAGAAGAAUAAUUAAUCAAUUAUGGGAAGAAAUAAAAAACGAACUGAAUAUUGAAGUGACCGAUUUAAAGAAGAAAUGGAAAAAUUUAAAAGAUCACUAUAGAAAGGAAUUAAAAAAAAAUCCUGCCCCUAGAUCAGGAGAUGCCGGAAAUGUUAAUCAACCCUCAAAUUGGCAAUAUUUUUCUCAAUUGAGGUUUUUGCAAGAUGAAGUUGUACCAAAUGUUACUGAGGGUAAUUUAAGCAGACCUGAAGUAAGUAAUCAGAUAAGUAAUGAUUCGUUUGAGACAGAAGACAUAUCUGGAGAAAACUCUCAAGAAGAUACAACCGGUCAUAAUGAAGAAUCUUCUAUUUAUCCACAACAACCUUCUACAUCCUCACAAGAGGCUCCUGUUUCUUCUCAAGAAGCUUCUACAUCAUUGCAAGAAAUUUCUACGCCUCCAAGAGAAGCUUCUGCGUCACAACGAUCAAGAAAAAAGAGAACAGCGAAUGACAUAAGAACUGAAUUUUUAGAAUUGGAAAGGAAAAGGAUAAGACUGCUGGAAAAUGAUUUAUCAAAUCAAAGUAGAAACGAGGCUUCUAGAAAUGAGAAUAAGUCUGAUGACUACUACUUUUUUAUGAGUUUACUUCCACAAAUGGAAAAAUUCACGCCCUUUCAAAAGUUUAGAGUAAGACAAAAAAUUAAUCAAGCUCUUCUAGAUGAGUUAAGUGUAAAUGAAAGCACGUACCCUUCUAAUGAAUCAUAUAUGUAUGGGUAUAGUACUCAACAAUAGAGGUAUAUCAAUCUUAUAAUGAAAAUACUGUCAAUAAAUAACAAAACUGUGAUUUAAAUAGUUAACUAAUCGUCGUACAGAUGAGAACUUUAAUUUUAGAGAGAAGAUUUAGUUUUAAGAUUAGCGUGGAAUUAUUAUACUGACCACUAAGUAUAUCGACCUUGUAAUAAAAAUACUGUAAAUGAGUGAGAAAACUGUGAUUGUAGAAAUAAUUAAUCGUAGUACAAACGAAAACUGUGAUUUUAAAAAUAAAUGACAAACUGUUAUGUUACUUAUUUCAUACGAAACGUUUUUAUAUUAUAUUUUUCGUCAAAGAUAAAUAAUUAAGGCUGAUUAGUGUGUAGUAGGUAUUUAAUUAAAAUUAUUGUAUCUGGGAACUUAAUACCGAUGCCAAACUAUUUACUAAAUUAGUAGGUACAACACUUCCUUUUUGAAACUAUCAAUAAAUACAAUUACAAAUUACAAUUUCGUUGUUUUACUUACCCAAGCGUUAUGUAUAAUUUUUCUGCUGGAGAUAUACCUCUAAAACUUUUUGGAUUAAUUCCAGACUGUAAAUCACUCUUGAUAGUUUCUAGAAUAUAGUCAAAAGUUUCUACACUCAUUCUGGUGUAGUCGUAGAAUUUAUCGGGAUUUUGUCUCUGUUCUUCAUAAUUUCGAUAAAACUCGCCAUUUAUUUUCCUUGCCUUAUAGUAGGGAUCCACUUCUUCUUUUGCCCACAAUAAAUCGAGCGUUAGGAAUA